UGUUUAUUUAGCAAUAUAUUUCAUAGAAAUAUAAAUGCCGACAUUUUACGCUUAAACCAUAGGAAAUGGAAUAACGACCAGCGCCGCGCGAGCUGCGAAGUGCAUUUAGUCAAACAGACCGAAGCCCAUGUCCUCAUCUUCUGAUUCAGACUCUUCCUUCUUGGUCUCUUUCUCUUCCUUUUUCUCCUCGGCGGCAGCAGCAGCGGGCGCGGCUCCACCGGCGGCGGCCGGGGCGGCGCCUCCAGCGGGCAUGGACGACAGCUUCUCGCGACCCUGCUCGAUCAGCUCCUCAACGCUCUUGCCAUUGAGCUCGGCAAUCACCUUCUUGAGCUUCUCACCGUCAGCCUCAAUACCAACAGAGCUGAGGAUCUUCUCAACGUCCGCUGCUGCUGGGGACGCCUUGCCACCGAGCACAGCCAGUAAAUACGCGGCCACGUAACGCAUUUUUUAAGUCGCUUUGACACGAAACGUGUGAUGCCGAAAAAUAAACGUUCGUCUUGAACAAAAUGUCAAGAGGAAAGAGGGCGGGGACUGCGGGG